UCUAAAAGUGAAUAUUUCGCCGGACGAGGGCUGCUAGAUAUUAUAAUGGAAGAAAUACCAGGAUUAGAUAACUACCCGGGUAAAAACGUAGAUGAUGGUCUUUUCGAAGCUGUGUAUCCUCUUUCGUCAAAGAUUGCCACCCAGCCAAAGCUUAACAGCGCCUAUUACAACCGCUGGUUUAGAGUGAUGCGUAAGGGAGCUAUGGGGUUGACAGUGCGCCAUCGUGGCUACUCCGACGAAUCCAUCUUUACCGCUCAGACCACUCAACAGAAGGUUGCUGGCAUGCACCUGGAUGCAUGUAACGGCAGGGGGAAGAGCAGAGUGUGCGUCAACUACUACCAGAAAUGGUCAUACGCUGUACCUUUGUUUGUCACCUACCUCACCCCUCUGGGCCAGUGGAACCCGUACAACCUGAAGAAGCAAACCAAUGACGCUACUGUGACUUCCGGUGGUCGUACAGGCGGGUUGUCCAGCACCAAGGCGUAUAAUGGUUACAGUGACCAGCACCUUUACCUUACACCUGCAGAAUUCUUCUCAGCCCCUUCAACCCCUGAAGACCCCAUCAAGGGUGUCUUGGACGCUAAAGGAACCGUCAGGUCCGUACGCGCCAGCGGUCAGAGGUUCGUUUUCCCCGAGAUACCUGGAGUACGGGGCAGAGUCCGCCAAACCUAUCCUAUCUUCCCAGUACACACUGACGGCAGCGUGGUCUCCAAGGAACUGGCCGCCUUGGUCGACAUGGUCACCAAGAGUAACACUUUCGCUAAUUUGUUUAAGUAACCUUUUUUUAGCCGUAAUGUAGAAUUUAUGGCACACCGGUUUAUUCUGUCAUUUUGACUGUAUUUCCUGAUAUGAUACAUAAACAGUAAGUUGCAAUUA